AUGCUGGCGAAGAUGGGGAACGAGAUGGUGGACCUGAAACAUAGAGUAUCCGAGCAAAGCGACACGAUCAGGAAGCUGAGCGCCACGGUUUACAAGCAAAGCACCAUCAUUCAAGGACAGGAAGAUCUGAUCCGAGGCUUGGAGGUCCAAGUCCAGGAAUCCAAGGAAGAGUUUCGACGCAAGAGCGAUGAGCACGACGCGGAAUUAAAACGGGGACACCAGGAUCUUCAGAGAGAAGUCGCCGCUUUAAAAGAGCAAUUGGCCCAGCUUACGCAGAAGCUGAAUGCUUCGGGUGAGGUGACUCUGUCAAGCGGCGCUCGAGCAACGUUUGCCGAUAUUGCGCGCACACUGCCAGCGAGCCCGCCGACGAGUCUAUCCAGCGUAGCUGUCCCAAGAAAGCAGCAGACAGCCAGCGAUCCUCUCCAUUGUACCAUCGACACAUCUCGCGUCAGCGAGUCGAACAAGAACAAAGCGCAAAUCGGAUCAAUUCGCCAGGCCAUCGAGACUGAGAUGAGAGCGAUGAACGGACAAGAGACCUGGAGAGACGAAGCCGAGCUUCAGAUGGUCAAAGAGGCUGCGCAGAAGACAGCCGUGGAAGGUUCACGAGUUAUGCGAGACCAGCUGUACCCGGUCCGAGUCGACAACGCCAACCGCACAGCAAUCCUUGACGCGGAAGGCAACGUUCUGCCUGGAGCGAUCGAGGCCUUGAGUGCCGAAAACAGAGUGACCAUUGGCAAGAUUUCCUGGUUGAGCAAACGAGAGUCUGGCAAAGCGUACGGGAGAUCGGUCACAAAGCAUAUGCAUGCAAGAAGCAGCGGACAUGCGGCAACGCUGCGCGACCUGAUCGAUCGCUUCCGUGAUGGGACAGGAAACCGCACAGAUGUGGUUCUGGCGGGAGACUUCAACCGCCACGAUCUCCUCUGGGGCGGAGAUGAAGUGUCAGCGAGCAGACAGGGGGAGGGCCAGCCCAUCAUCGACCUGAUGAACGACUUUGGUCUCAGCAGCCUCCUGCCGAGAGGGACGAAAACGUGGCAAAGGGCGGACGAGGAGAGCACCAUCGACUUGGUGCUGGCAUCGGCAGAACUGGCAGACGAGGUGAUAUCCUGCAUGACUCACCCGACAGAUCACGGGUCAGACCACAGAGCGAUCCAGACGGCCUUCGACAUUCAAGUACCGGAGAGAACGUUUCCACAGCGCCUGAUGCUCAAGAACGCGCCGUGGAUCGCCAUCGCAACCAGGGUCGAGGACGAGCUUCGGCCUCUUCCGUGGAGUCCGCCGCCAUACGCGAAGCGAUGGUGGACAAAGGACCUGACGCGACUGCGGCAAACGUACACGUAUUGGCGCAAUCAAGCAAGGGCGCAGCGAAGAGCCGGUCAACCGCAGCCGGAUCUGGAGCAACGCGCCAAGGACGCUGCCAAGGAGUACCACGACAACGUGCGGAAACAGAAGAAGUCCCAUUGGGACGACUUCGUCACCGACGAGAACAACAUCUGGAAAGUGGUCAAGUAUCUGAAACCCGGCGUGAAUGUGUUCGAUGACAAGGUGCCGCCGUUGAGGAGAGCCGACGGCUCGAUCACCAAAGGCAAAGGAGAGCAAGGUGAGGAGCUCCUGAGCACCUUCUUCCCGCCUCUGCCAACCAUGAUCGAACCGGAGGGUGAGCGUCCGCAAAGAGAAGCGAUAACCAUGCCCGACCUCACCUUGCAAGAGAUUGAGGAAAAGGUGAUGGCGGCCAAGUCUUGGAAAGCGCCGGGGGAGGACGGCCUCCCUGUGAUUGUGUGGAAGAAGCUCUGGCACGUGGUCAAGCAUCGGGUGUGGACGCUCUUCGACUCAUCGCUUCGAGAGGGCGUGGUGCCCCAUCAAUGGCGGACGGCCAAGAUCAUCCCGCUGAAGAAGCCGGUCGUUGCAGAACGCAUCAGCUAUGCAGUCGAAGCUCAUGGGCUGUUGCCCGCGAACCACUUUGGUGCACGGAAACGCAGGUCGGCAGACCAAGCACUCGUGCUUCUGCAGGAGCGGAUAUAUAAGGCUUGGAGAAUGGGCAGGGUUUUGAGUCUCGUCAGCUUCGACGUCAAAGGGGCGUACAAUGGAGUUUGCAAAGAGCGGCUGCUUGAGAGGAUGAAAGCUCGAGGCAUCCCGAGUCGCCUGGUCAAGUGGGUAGACGCAUUCUGCUCGGAACGGACCGCAUCGGUGGUUGUCAACGGGCACACAUCCGAGCAGCAAGCCCUGGCGCAGGCCGGCUUACCCCAAGGAUCUCCACUAUCACCGGUGGCAUUUCUGUUCUUCAAUGCGGACCUGGUGCAGAGGCGAAUCAGUAACAGCAGCGGCUCCAUCGCCUUCGUGGACGACUACUCUGCCUGGGUCACUGGACCAACGGCCGAGUCGAACAGAGAUGGUAUUCAGUCGAUUAUCGAUGAUGCGCUCGAGUGGGAGAAGCGCAGCGGCGCCACAGGGAAUGAUGUCAAGCCGAAGGACAAUGUGAAGCUGCUGGGAGUCAUCAUGGAUCAAGCACUUCGCUUCAAGGAGCAUAUCGCCGGAAUGGCCUCACCACGAACGGCAAGGCAACUGUUCACUGCGACCGUAGCGCCGACCAUGGAUUAUGCCUCCAACCGAGUCGGAGCCCAGGCGAUCACGGGAGGCGGCGUCGAGAUUCUGGAUCAGAACGCAGACGCUGCCGAGGACGCAUCCCUGACAUCCUUGAAGCUGAAGCUGAACAGAAGGUAUGCCUCGCCAAUGCAGAAGCUUGCCUCGGCGAUGGAAAGACUAGAUACCAAACGCCUGGAAACCAUCCACGAGUUCGCACUGGCGCCGUGGGACGACCGAGUGCAGGUAACAUAUGAGACGAACCGAGUGGAGGUGCUGAAGUCGGAUGACCCGGAGGACAUCACUAUCGCGACAUCCAGCUCUCAAAGGAAAGGCAAGGUCGGGUUGGGAGGCGUCGUUCGAGACGCUCUCCUCAACAGCGCAGACGAGGUGCUGGCCAGCUAUUCCGUCACUCUCGGCUCCAGUGAUGAGCAGAAUGCCUACACAGCAGGACUCGAGGCAAUCGCCACGGCCCUGAGUCUGGCCAGUGCACGAUACGGGCGAUAUACGGAUCUGUUGAGUUUCUGGCGAGAAGAGGCUGUAGAGUCAGACUUCGUUGGGUGCCUGCAAAGAAUGAGGAGUUCACUCGGGCCACUGGCCUAA